CCAAUGCUUCCCUUAGCCUCAACACUUUACACUUUCUCAACCUUAAAACUCUUCAUUAACUUUGCCAAAACUCCUCUUACAACUCUGCUAAAACACAAUUUCAAACAUUUAAAAUCUCCAUUUGAGUAAUAAUGGAAGUAUUUACUAGCUAAUAUAAUGAAGUGUACUAUCAGUUCUCUACUCUGUACUUCUCUCACUUAGCUGUUUUUCCAGCUUUUUUCAUUCUGAUCUCUUUCAAUGUUUGUACAAACCCUAGAUCUGUCCCCCUCUUAGCUUUUUUCUUUUUUGUGAAGUGGAUAAUAUGAGUGGGACUACGACGAGGACGGUGGCGGAGGAUGGUUACAGGCCGCCGUUCACGGCGGUGCAGUGGCAGGAGUUAGAGCAUCAAGCAAUGAUAUAUAAGUACUUAGUGGCAGGUAUUCCUGUGCCUCCGGACCUUGUUCUUCCUAUACAACGUAGCUUUGAAACCAUCUCUGCGAGGUUCUUCCAUCAUACUAGCUUGGGUUAUUGUUCCUAUUAUGGAAAGAAGUUUGACCCUGAGCCAGGAAGGUGUAGAAGGACAGAUGGAAAGAAGUGGAGGUGCUCCAAAGAUGCAUAUCCUGACUCAAAAUAUUGCGAGCGGCACAUGAAUCGAGGCCGAAACCGUUCAAGAAAGCAUGUGGAAUCUCAAUCUACUUCCCAGUCCCUGUUGACAAGUAUGUCGAACAAUGCUACUGGAAGCAGCAAAAUAAGUGGAAAUUUCCAAAUUAGCAGCAGCGGAAGCUUACAGAACAUGCCAUUAUAUUCUGCUGCUUAUUCAGAAGAACCGAAUUAUGGAAGCACUGGAAUGAAGACGCAGAUGGAGCCUGUCUCCUAUGGGGUAGAUAACAAGGCAUAUAGAUAUUUCCAUGGAAUGGCUGUUGAUGCUGAUGAGCAGAAUUUCUCUCUAGAAGCUUCAGCUAGUAUGAGAAGUUUAGGGAUGGGAUCUAAUGCAGACAGCACAUGGUGUUUAACACCACAACUUCCCUCAAACCCAAUGGUGAAACCAAAAAAUGACACUCAGUUGCUAUACGACUCGCCUCAAACACGACUGCCUCAUCCAUUUGAGCCUGUGAUUGAUGCAACUAUUUCGAAACAGCAACAACAUUGCUUUUUUGUCAGUGACAUUGGCUCUCCUGGGACUGUAAAGCAGGAGGAACGUUCUAUGCGCCCUUUCUUUGACGAAUGGCCUACAGCUAAGGAAUCGUGGUCCAAUCUUGAUGACGAGGGAUCCAACAAAAAUAAUUUCUCCUCUACUCAGCUGUCCAUAUCCAUUCCUAUGGCUCCGUCUGACUUUUCAAGGAGUUCUUGUUCCCCAAACGAUGUUUGAGAGAUGCUACCAUCGAAAUAAGCAGUGUCUGGUGCUGUACUCAGGAACAUGUAUUGCUAGUGACAAAGUAACCUCUACUUGUAUGAGUUGUGUACUUUUUUUGGUUGCUGGAAAAUCCUGAUAUAAUUGCAUGUCUUUAUGGUGGAUUUUCAACACUUUUAAGUGAGAUGGUUGAAAAAACAAGUGCAGCCCAAGUUUUGCUAUAUGUAUGAACAAAAAUAAAUGUAUUUUGCUGUUUGAGCUGGGGCCUGGGAGUUACAAUGACCAGCCCAAGUUUGCUAAAUAAAAAAUAAAAUUUAUUUUUCCUGUCUUCA